AUGUUGCCGUUUGGUAGCCCUCGAUUGCUUCGGCUCUCUUGUGACAGGUGUCAUAAGCGGAAGCAACGGUGUACUCGCACCUCAGCCAACGAUGAAAAUCCCUGUCGUCGUUGCAAAGAAGCAGGUGAAAAAUGUGUCUUUAGUCCUCGCCUCCGCCUCGGCCGACCUAGUAAACGGAAAAAGCAAGAAAACAAACAGGAGGAGGCCAAUUACAGGGCUCCAGAAAGCAGUUUCCUAGCCAUUUCGAAUCAAGGUCUUUCCAGAACAAUUACAGCAAUUACAACGACAAGGACAACGACACAAGAUGAGAACAGCUCAAUGUUGGAGAGUUCCUCGGCCUUUUCCGUAGACGGCCUUCGAGAGAUGGCAAAAUUCCCCCCAGCAGAGCAGCAUGAUUCCGCCUGCACCGCGAACCCAAUGAAUCAUAAGGUGGUGGCAACGGCCUUUGAAGUCUGGCCAUUGUCUCUAGACCAUUAUACUGAUCCUACAAUGUCAGAUACGACGCCCGGGUUAUUCUGCGGAUCUUCCACAAACUACAAUGAUGAAAUGUGGUCAGAUCUACUGGACGAUAAGGCCCACUUAAAGCCUUCAUCUUCUUCUCAUAUGGAAUCAUUAGAUUCAUCUCUAAUGGCUAUACCUGGAGCUCCUACCAGCAAUUCUGCAAUAAGGUCAAUAGAUUGCUGUCCUUCAGAGAUAGCUGAAGCUAUCAUGGACCCGGUACCAUUACUCUCUCAAAUCCAACUAAAGCUCCACGGCAUUCAAACACAGAGACCACCUCAAGCCGCAGAACUCCAAGCUAUUAUAAACCAAACGGUCCAAAUAGCCCAGAAAUUCAUCGAAGUCCUGAACCAAAUCUUACCGCCAUGCACAGCCGAUUCCAGUCUGGCAUCUAUCCAACAGCGACAGCACACCCCUCAUACCACUACGCCUGUUAGUGAUGCGUCAAUCUCAUCCAACGACGAACCUUCCUUCCACCUAGAAUGGACUAGUAAACAAUCCAGACGUCAGCAACAAUAUAUACCGGCAGGCACAGUAGACGCUGUGGAAAUUCGAUUGGCAUUUAUCUGCUAUAUACAAAUCCUUCGUAGUUACAAGAAUCUGGUACACAUGCUUAUCAACUCGGUGACCAUGGCGGAGGCGCAGCAAUUUGAUGCGUCAGACUUUGUGCCGGUCCAGAUCGGGACACUGCAUACGGUUGUUAGUCCGCGAUUACAAAUUGCACUGCUAGUGCAAUUAAUCUCACACCACACAGAAGAGAUCUGGCACAAGACUCGACAGUUGGCGGUAAGGAUUAAUGAGGCUCGGCCGAAUAUGUAUCCGAGUCACCCGGGGGCUUUUAUCAGCAACAUAAUCGGCAAGGAUAUACAUAGCGAAGAGGAGGAUCUGCGGGAUGGGCUGGACUUGAUCUCGGAGAGGCUGAAGAUGCAUUCACAAUUUCGAGACCAUUGA